AUGUCUCAGAGGCAGAAAAGUAAAGCGGAGAAGUCCGAUCGAGCCGCGUUCUUUCUAACUAAAACCGCGGCCUCCAAGCUGAGAGAGGGCCAGGAGCCUGCACAAGAUGGCGGCGACCAGGAGAGGCGGGAAAACUCCCCCUCUCGCACACCAGAGGAACAACCCCUGACUAUGGGGG